AUGCCAAAAGGCUCGAAGAAGAAGAAGGACAAAGCAGCGGACUUUGCUAAAGCCAAACUGAAGCUUGGCAAGGGCAAACAGGUUGCCAGUAACGCUGUAGAUACAUCUUUCAAGAGUCGCUCUAUCACACUUCCUACUCAGAGCAUCGUCCUUGACAAGGACGUAGAAAUACCUACAACCAAGAGGAAACUGACGUUUGAUGACCUUAUUGCACAGUUGAGACAUUACAACUCAGGAACGCGUAGGGAUGCUUUACUUGGCCUACGGGAACUGCUCGAAACACACCGCGAGCUCCUCAGUUCACAUCUCACCGCAUUAGUCAACAGUUGUGUGCGAGUGAUCAGCGAUGAGGAUGCAAGCGUGCGAAAGACAUUACUGGCCUUCCUUGGCUGGCUGCUUCGUCAAAUACCGCCGGAAGACCUAAUUCCGCACUCUCCUGUGCUGUUAUUGUUCACGACAUCCGCGCAGACACACAUUUACCCAGAAAUUCGUAUAGACGCUAUCCGCUUUUUGGAUAUUUUCCUUGAGUAUAUUCCUGACGUGGUAGUCGAAGGAUGGGAACGAGGCAGUGGAGGCCAUGGGAGGAGGGUUCUCGAAGGUUACCUCGGUAUUUUGAACGCGGGAACUUCUUUCGGCGAAGGAGGGGAUUCAGGUCCUGUCCAAGCAACAUCUACCGCAAGCGUCGUCUUAUCACCAGCAUCAAAACUCGCAGUUCUGAAGUCUCUGUCUUCAUUCCUCACUCAUGCCUUAGUAUCUUCUUUGAGAGUGCCAGACUUUGCGUCAAGUCCUACCUCAGCAUCCCCUCCAACGACGCCGACAUGGUAUCUGUCAUCCUCAUUCUCCUCGUCAGUAGCAUUCGACUGUUUCGAGAGCGUCUUCCAACCGAUAUGUUCUUUGUCAACCGGAUUUUCUUCUUCACGCCGCGGAUUUGGUCCGUCGAGGCAGUGGACUCAAGAAAUCGACCCUGAAGUGCAUUUUGAGCACUUUCCUGGAGAUUUUGCGUAUGCAGUUGCCCCGAUAGGUGCAGGCUGGACGCUUCAAGACCUCACCGAUGUGCAUGCGGAGCUCCAAGCUGAGUCCCAGCAUGCAGGCCAACCUAGUGUAGAGGGAACAACCGAAUUCGUUCAGGCUGCACAUUUGGCGCAUACACUGCACCCAACUCUUGUGUCCACUUUCUUGGAUUCUGCGCCAGCCGUGUUCUCCCCAAGCUCCAGUCCUACGGAGACGGAGCUUCAGAUGGUUUUGGUCGUGAGCGAGAUUUGCCGUAGUCUUUACGGUGCAAUUUUACGGGAUCCCGGGACUGGAAACGCGCACGUUAUGGCCGUGGAAGAAUUGAAAAUUAUCCUGGGAUACUUCUCGCCAUACUUCCCAUUUGUAGUUGGUGGGUCGGGUACCUCCAAGCGCGAGAUUAAGCUCGAUCAAGCAUUCCAAGACGUGAAUCUCAUCUUCUGCGAACUCACCUCGUUCCUCGUCCUCGCUUCGCCCGAUGCCUCCGACGCGGUGCAUACCAGCUCACGCCGUCCCAGAGCCAAACGAGUUCCCAAACACGCCGCCUCAGUCUCAUCGGCUCCUCUACAAAUAUCCCGUGUGAGCGAGUACGUCGUGGGUCUGCUCCGAGGCGAUGUGCCCUCCGGAACGGCGCAGCUGCCACGGCCCAUCACGCCAGCAGCAUACAUGGCGCUGCUGCCCACCAUCUGGUCCUUGCUCAGCACGGUCGAGGAGGGAGCGUCUGGCGCAGUGCUCAGCGUGCUCGUGGACCACGCUAUCAAAGUCUCGUCGACGUCUGCGGUGAAGCGCCGCACAAUUGACUUCCUCGCGCGGUUGAUCUUGCUUGAGAGAGAGGCGGAGUACCGGGGAGCAUUCAGGGUGGGUUUGGACCCCGAGACAGACAAAAAGCUGGAGGAAUGGAUCGUCCAUCUUCCCAGAACUCUAUGGGAACUCGGUGCGGGCAACCUCGCGACGACGGAGACCAUCCUGCGGUUUCUCCUCCGGCUCGUGCAGCGCAAAUCCUGCCUGCUGCGGCGAGAAACGGCCUCUUCUCUCCGCUCGCGCCUGGUGCCUUAUUUCGUCAUCACGCACGCGACGCGGGGAAAACUCCCCGGGCCGUUCUCCAAGCUGCCCGCGUCGUCGCCUCUUCGAAGGCUCGCGCUGGACGCCGUGGUCACGCUUACGCGGGACGGAGACGACGAAGGUCUGGCUGCGGUUGUGGACGAGGCGGUUGUCGGGGCGCCGCAAGAGGUGUAUUGGCGUGCUCGCAUUACAUCCUUUUGCAUUUCGGGGUCCAAGCACUCUGACACUCCAUCGCAAGGAUGA